UGGGGAUUUUCGGAGGGAAAGUGGCUAGGGCAAGGGUUGAGGACUGCAGCCCUAGCCUAUGAGACAAGGGCGCAUGGAAUAAUGGGCUACAAAACUUCCAAGGGGAGUCUGCAACGGGAACCCCCCCAAUAAAAUGAAAUGUAUAAAUAUCAACUUGGGCCAAGGACAGAAGGCUAUGUCUCUCAAGGUUUCUUCAAGAGAAUAACUAAUUUAGCUGUAAUUUCUCAAAACAGAUCAUGACUGCGUUCGCGCUUUGGAUAGUAUUGCUGCCUACUGCAGCGUCGAAAUUUGUCCUAAACCUCACACCGAAGCAUCCCAUGGCUCGAGUCGGCGACAGUCUGGUCCUGACGUGCAAAGCCAGUGGUUGCGCCGAAGCGGUCACGUUCACCUGGUCUUCAUUGAUUGACCGGUCACUCUACGGUAAAACGGAGACCAACGGGACAGUGUCCCUGCAAAUAUUUAACCCGUUGGGAAUUCAUCACAUCAACACGGUCGUCUGUAAGGCCACAUGCAGAACCAAAGGAGAAGAUAAACAAAACGCGCAAACGUCUACUAAGGUGAACGUCUACGCCUUACCAAAGGAUCCCACCAUAUCAAGAAGUGACCUUUUGACUGAGGGUCAGGAGAGUAACCUCACCUGUACAGUUCCAGAUGUGUACCCAGCUAAACGUCUAAUCAUUGAGUGGCUACUGGGAGAUGAAGUUCUCCUCAAACAAGAUGAACAUCUGGAAGUCCAGACUGUCACCUCAGUGUUGAAAUACAGACCGACAGCCCAGAACAAUGGACAGAAUGUUACCUGCAGAGCCACGCUGGACAUUGGGAUUGACAAGAGAACCAGAGAGACUGUCGUAUCAAUGACCGUUCAAUAUUCCCCCAGAAAUAUCAUUAUCUCAGAGAACACUCAGGUGAAAAUCGGAGACGGUUUUACACUGACGUGUCAUGCUGAGGGGAACCCUGAACCUACUGUGUUGUGGAGAAAACUGGACCAAGAUGGCCGCUCAGUCGUGGCAGGAGAGGGUGCGACCCUAUUGGUGGAAGAAGCGUCAUGGUCCCACGGUGGAGAGUAUGAAUGCGUGGCCCACAACUUCGUAGGAAACCUUACAGCUCACAUGACUGUUAAUGUUCAGGGUCCUCCAGAGAAGCCUGUUCUUUAUCUGAGCCCAUCUGGGGAGCUGAAAGCGGGGGACAGUGUGACCAUUACCUGUCAAUCAGAGAGUGGGCCGCAGGGGCGUGUGGCGUUAUGUCAGUUGACCGGCAGUCAGGGGGCGGAGCUACAGUCCAACCAGGGCCACACCUCCAUCACUGUCCAAUCGCUGACAGCUAGAGACUCGGGACUGUACGAAUGUCAGGCUACCAAUCCCUAUGGGAAACAGACAUCUUCCAUUAACAUCACAGUCUUUGAUGAGCUUUAUACAGAGACCCAGAGAACCACAGCGACUGUCGCAUCAAUGACAGUUCAAUAUUCCCCCAGAAAUAUCAUUAUCUCAGAGAACACUCAGGUGAAAAUCGGAGACAGUUUUACACUGACGUGUCGUGCUGAGGGGAACCCUGAACCUACAGUGUUGUGGAGAAAACUGGACCAAGAUGGCCGCUCAGUCGUGGCAGGAGAGGGUGCGACCCUAUUGGUGGAAGAAGCGUCAUGGUCCCACGGUGGAGAGUAUGAAUGCGUGGCCCACAACUUCGUAGGAAACCUUACAGCUCACAUGACUGUUAAUGUUCAAGAUAAAUCCGUCAAUCCAAAGACGGUCAUCAUACCUGCAGCGUGCUUCGUUUUCAUGACUGCUGCUGCCGCGACUCUGAUGCGAUUCCUGAAGAGAGCAAAACAGGCAAGUUCAUAUGAACUUGCAAGGACAGUUUAGACUCCCCCCAUGGAGGGAAGAGAGAUGGACUCAACAUCAGUCUGCAAUUGAGCACUGUAACAGUCCACUUCUAGCAUCGAGGGGGUGUUUUCCUCAGAGGUGGACAGAGCUGUGCUUUCGGCAUGUAAGAGACUGUGUUCUUCGUUGCUAUUGGUCAAGUGAAGCUCAAACACGCACGCACUGAAAUCAUGGUCUCGAUUCAAUCCGUAUCGUGGAAGUUGAUUGAAAUGUAAAUUUUUCCAGUUGAGCCGACGGAUGCAGCGGUUACCGUGAAUGCAGCGGUUACCGUGGAUGCAGCGGUUACCGUGAAUGCAGCGGUUACCGUGGAUGCAGCGGUUACCGUGGAUGCAGCGGUUACCGUGGAUGCAGCGGUUACCGUGGAUGCAGCGGUUACCGUGAAUGCAGUGGUUACCGUGGAUGCAGCGGUUACCGUGAAUGCAGCGGUUACCGUGGAUGCAGCGGUUACCGUGGAUGCAGCGGUUACCGUGGAUGCAGCGGUUACCGUGAAUGCAGCGGUUACCUUGGAUGCAGUCCUCGGGAACAUUGCCUUUUAAAAUUCAAUUGCGCUACAGCGAUGAACCUUCCGCGAUACGGAUUGUAUUGAGGCCUAAUUGUUUGUUUAUGCGUGUUCUCUACUGGUGGAUGUACAAAGCCAUGAAUGUAACUGAUGAUUUGCACAGGUAUGACUUUUAGCAUCUUGUAAUACCUUUAGUCAACCACCAGCCCAGGACAUUGCGUCACUGCAGCAUCAGACCUUUUUUCACUGGAGUUUAUAUUAUUGCUGUAUAUAAUUUUAAAAAAAAAGUGAAUUAAUAUGUUUUGUACAGACUUAUUGUAAUAAAGAUGACAAUGAAAAGGUG